UCAAAUUACCAUGGGAACAACUUAUGUUGACACGCUGUAAUUUUUCCCAUACAAGAAUACCAAAGCACUGACCAAAGUUCAUGACCAAAAUUUUACGAUUUGUACAAACUCACAAAUUUAUUUUUGCCUCGUUAAUUACAGGCUCUAAUUUGCUUAAAUGAAUCAUGGGAUAAUGGAGUUCAUUAAUGUCUAGGUAACCAUGAAUAGAUCAGAAAAAGACGAUAUUAUGGAAGUACUGUCAACAGUAAAUGAUUCUCUUGACGAAGGAACCAACGAAACUGAUAAAAAAGAAGAACAAAAAAAUGAUGAUAAAAACGAAGUUGAAAUGAGCGCUCGAGUUACCCAUCCGUCCAAUUUAGUAAAUGAUUUGACAACAGCUGCUUCUACUUUUGAAGAAAAACAGAAGCAACUCAUGCUUGCUGAUUGUCAGCGUCUGAAAAAGAAAAUGAAUGUUAUUAAAAACAGCAUCCAAAGACCACCUUUAAAACCUUUCACGCCAUAUUUGUUCAACAGUUUGGAGCCAUACUACAAUCAAUACAUUGUGAAUUAUGUUUUUAACGAACUUCAGGAAGACGAGGAAAAUAGACCAAAAACAAACUAUGGACAGCGAGCUACAUCCUUGGGGAUAGUAGAUCCACAAGUUUCUUGGCGAAUGGACAACGUUCCCGGACCUUUCAAAAUUUCAAGACUUCAUCAAAAUAUUUACACACAAAAGAAAUGGAUUGGCACCCCUCAGAGAGACGCGUCAUUAGGUAGUACCAGGCUUCCUCCGUUUCCUAAACCUUCCUUUCCUAAGAUUGAUAUUCCUGAAUACAGUGCAUCUAAAAUGGAUUAUUCAAAAGUUUUGAAGUUCAGGAUUGAAUUGGAGAGAAAAAUUGAAAAUUUGAACAAGAAAAAAAUUCAAAUCGACUAUGACCGCACUAUGAAAGAUUGGGAACGAAUGAAUUUAAAUGAACUGAAGGAACUGCCACCAUACUCGAGAUAUCACGUGGGUAAAGCAAUAAAGACUUAUUUUGGAACGUCAAAAGGAGCAUCAUUGGCUGUUAGCUCACUUAGUAAAAAUUUGGUCUUACAAAAAAUUGAAUAAUGAGAAAGAUACUGAAACAUACAUUUGUUUGACUGAUCUCAUGAAAAAGCAUUUGUGAAUAUUUUUUGAUUAGAAUGGUGUAGUAUUGAAGGAAAUGUCAGUUAAGUUAAAUGUAAAACUCUACUUGAGACAACAAAUGAUGAUAGCUAUUUCACUAAACUUGUUUUAUAUUAACGUUUAGAAGUAAUGAGUAAAGUCAAAUAUUUUGAUACAAA